CAUGCGCGGGCAUGUUGGAGGCUUAGGAACACAGACAGCAGCUGCAGUAGAGCAGCCAAAGGGCUAGGCUAGUUUGUACACCAGGGCUUAGAGCAGGCCGGGUGGAUGGGAUGGAAGCUGGACCUUCUACACCAGCCCAAACUGGGUAUGUUCCACCCUUACAGCAAGUGUUCCAAGCCCCCCGACGACCUGGAAUUGGCACAGUCGGGAAGCCAAUAAAACUUCUUGCCAACUACUUUGAAGUCGACAUUCCCAAGAUUGACGUCUACCACUAUGAGGUUGAUAUCAAGCCAGAUAAAUGUCCCCGGCGUGUCAACAGGGAAGUUGUGGAAUACAUGGUCCAGCACUUCAAGCCCCAGAUCUUUGGUGACCGAAAACCAGUUUAUGAUGGAAAGAAGAACAUUUAUACAGUUACAGCACUGCCGAUUGGUCACGAAAGGGUUGAUUUUGAGGUGACAAUCCCAGGAGAGGGAAAGGACAGGAUAUUUAAAGUGUCUAUAAAAUGGAUGGCAGUGGUAAGCUGGAGGAUGCUCCAUGAAGCUCUGGGAAGUGGACGAAUUCAGCUUCCUCUGGAAUCUGUGCAAGCCCUGGAUGUAGCAAUGAGGCACCUGGCCUCAAUGAGGUAUACCCCCGUAGGGCGCUCAUUCUUUUCACCUCCUGAGGGCUACUAUCACCCGCUUGGAGGAGGACGUGAGGUUUGGUUUGGGUUUCAUCAGUCUGUACGCCCAGCCAUGUGGAACAUGAUGCUUAAUAUAGAUGUAUCGGCUACAGCCUUCUACAAGGCCCAGCCAGUAAUAGAAUUCAUGUGUGAGGUGCUGGAUAUUCGGAAUAUAGAUGAACAACCCAAACCUCUCACAGACUCACAGAGGGUUCGCUUUACUAAGGAGAUAAAAGGUUUGAAAGUGGAAGUCACCCACUGUGGGCAGAUGAAAAGAAAGUACAGAGUUUGCAAUGUUACUCGCAGGCCGGCCAGCCACCAAACGUUCCCACUGCAGCUGGAGAGUGGCCAAACUGUGGAGUGCACGGUAGCCCAAUAUUUCAAGCAGAAAUAUAAUUUACAACUAAAAUAUCCUCACCUUCCAUGCCUGCAGGUGGGACAGGAACAGAAGCACACUUAUCUACCUCUGGAGGUCUGUAACAUUGUAGCUGGUCAACGAUGUAUUAAGAAGCUGACCGACAAUCAGACCUCUACUAUGAUCAAAGCAACAGCUCGGUCUGCACCAGAUAGACAGGAGGAGAUCAGCAGGCUGAUGAAAAAUGCAAGUUAUAAUCUGGACCCGUAUAUCCAGGAAUUUGGGAUCAAAGUUAAAGAUGAUAUGACAGAAGUCACAGGAAGGGUCCUUCCAGCACCUAUUUUACAAUAUGGAGGACGGAAUAGAGCUAUUGCAACUCCAAACCAAGGAGUGUGGGACAUGAGAGGAAAGCAGUUCUACAACGGCAUUGAGAUCAAAGUUUGGGCCAUUGCUUGCUUUGCUCCGCAGAAACAAUGCCGGGAAGAAGUGCUAAAGAAUUUUACAGACCAGCUAAGGAAGAUUUCAAAGGAUGCAGGGAUGCCCAUCCAGGGUCAGCCAUGUUUCUGUAAAUACGCGCAGGGCGCGGACAGUGUUGAGCCAAUGUUCAGGCACCUCAAAAACACUUACUCUGGGCUCCAACUCAUUAUUGUUAUACUGCCAGGAAAAACACCAGUAUAUGCGGAAGUAAAACGUGUUGGGGACACUUUGCUUGGCAUGGCUACCCAAUGUGUCCAAGUAAAAAACGUGGUAAAGACUUCCCCACAGACCCUCAGCAAUCUGUGCCUGAAGAUCAAUGUCAAACUAGGUGGGAUCAACAACAUCUUAGUGCCUCAUCAACGCUCCGCAGUCUUCCAGCAGCCAGUCAUUUUUCUUGGAGCAGAUGUCACACACCCGCCUGCUGGUGAUGGCAAGAAGCCUUCGAUUACUGCGGUGGUAGGCAGCAUGGAUGCUCAUCCGAGCAGAUACUGUGCCACAGUGAGAGUACAGCGCCCUCGACAAGAGAUCAUUGAGGACCUGUCGUAUAUGGUGCGGGAGCUUCUCAUCCAGUUCUAUAAAUCUACUCGGUUCAAACCAACCAGAAUUAUUUUCUAUCGAGAUGGUGUUCCAGAAGGACAACUUCCACAGAUAUUGCACUACGAGCUGCUGGCUAUUCGCGAUGCCUGUAUUAAACUAGAGAAAGACUACCAGCCAGGCAUCACCUACAUAGUAGUGCAGAAACGUCACCACACACGCCUAUUUUGUGCAGAUCGCAGUGAACGGAUUGGAAAAAGUGGAAACAUUCCAGCAGGAACAACUGUUGACACCAAUAUCACACAUCCAUUUGAGUUUGAUUUUUAUCUGUGCAGUCAUGCAGGUAUCCAGGGCACCAGCCGUCCAUCCCAUUACUAUGUUCUUUGGGAUGAUAACCGGUUCACAGCUGAUGAACUUCAGAUUCUCACCUACCAGUUAUGUCACACAUAUGUUCGUUGCACACGGUCUGUUUCCAUACCUGCACCUGCAUAUUAUGCUCGACUGGUGGCUUUCAGAGCACGAUACCACUUGGUUGAUAAGGAACAUGACAGUGGGGAAGGCAGUCACAUCUCUGGACAAAGCAAUGGGCGGGAUCCACAAGCCUUAGCUAAGGCUGUGCAAGUUCAUCAAGACACAUUACGCACCAUGUAUUUUGCAUGAUGACCAAUUGCAAACCUUUUCUGGUGGACUAUUUAGAUGUGUGACAUGUUUGCCCAAUACCGUACCUCAUUGGCUCAGAGUAGUUUUCAAAGUUUCUGAGCCUAAACCCACAAGGGUACCUCACAACAAACUGACAAGCCCAAUGGCGUCCCACAGGACCAACUUGGAAUCACUUCGGACAAUGAUGCUUUUGUUUUUGCAUGUUGUGGGAAUGUAAGAGAGCACCAUUUUAGCAGGUCUCCUUUGGUUGCCACGACAAAAUCCUCAAUGACUUGAAAUUCAAAACUGCAGGCAAAUAAACUGAAAAGCUGAGCCCAGCGCUCCAGUGGAGAAGGAUGAAUGUGCAUAGCAACAAUUUUGUGAUGAAAGAUCAUAUAAAAAACAAACAGUUUUGAGCCUUAAACAAAAGCUAAAUCUGUUGUUUUCCCAUUACAGUAAAGAAGACUUGAUGAGAUUACAUGUGAGCAUAAAAAAACACCCCUUGAUGAUGCUCCCACACCAUGUGUUUCACAAAACCAGCACAAUAAUGCCACUUAAUUUUCUAAGAAUAUAGCAGUGGUCGGCUAACUAGUGGUCAACAGUGGUUCAGUUCUUGUUGUGAUUUAAUAAUAUGAAAUGCCAUGGGGAUAAAAUGUCCAUAAGUCAAGACCUCAAAUGUACACCAUAUUCAUGUAGGGAAGGCUUUCAUGCUACACGGCAUGAUAAACCAGCCAAAUGUACUGAAUGCUCACUACUUCAUGUUUCCCCUGAAAUCCGUUCGUGCCAUAUGGUCGUCUUAUACUGAGGCAAAACGGAGCUGGGUUAUUCUAAGCAAUAGGGUGGUGUUAUUCGAUGAUGACCUGACUCCUGCGUGCCUUCCUGUCUCAAACAAGUUGUUUGCCACAUAUACAAAUGCACGUGAUACAUUUUAAAACUGUAAUAUCAUUGGUCCAAGGUGGUUAAAGUUACAGAAAAUUGUGCAAAGUGCCUUGAACCCUUUAAGUGCUAGAAAUGAGGUUAUUGUUUCUGCUCCUUUGGCUUGGCAGAUGUACGUAGUGGCACUAGAAGCACCAGCUCAUUGGGAACAAACGUUUUGGAGGUGCAUCCAUCAGUCCUUGCACAAUUACUGAAGGUGUUGUUUGCUAGGUUUAGUGGCUGUCAGUGCUGCUCGCAUUUCGCUUCAGUUUGCCUAAACUGAAGGUUCCCUCGAUCAUAGUGCCAGCUUUACUUCAAUUCAGGGUUUUCAUUCAUCAUUUUGUUUGGUUCAUGCAUAAAGAGAUAUUACAGAAA